GCGGCUCGGCAAGGCGCACGAUGCUGGGGCCGGCCGCCGCAGCAGUUGGCACGACGGCCACUUAGGGCAGCUGCAAUCAGUGGUGUGCGCCGGGCCGCGUCCCCUCUUCCUACCCCUUUGAUUUUUCCCUUAUCUGCGCGGCUGCUCCGCCCUCGCAGUUCCCCUCCCGACUUAAGGCUUACUUUGCCGGCCAGCAUGUGUGUGUGUGUAUGUGUGGAAAAUGCACAUAUAAGGAAGGAAAAGGAGGCGGCGUAGUUUGCGUUUUCCACAGCAGGUGUCAGCAAAGCCCUGGGCCCGAUUUUCGCUACUUAAACGGGAAGACAUGCGCAUGUUUAUAAGGACCUUUUAUAUUUUCCCUUCUCUCUCCGGCGCUCUCUGCCGUGUGUUUUUUAAGCGAAAGCCCCACUCUCUGUAGUUUUCCACAUUUUGUACUCAAACUCCAAGACGUUGCUCUCAGAUCGUCUCCUUCGCUCGCACGCGCCGCACGCUCGGCUCGCAGCACGCGACGACACUUGCCGUGCUCCGCUCGCUCUGCUGGAUAUGUCCGCCGAGCACAAAAAAGCGGCACACCUCGAGCGCUCUGCUUCUUCUUCGCCUUGCCCGGCCGCCGACUAGAUUUUCGGCCGCCGAGCCGCCGAACUGCGCCUGAGGUUUAAGAAGGCAGCAGCAACAUCCCAUUCACCGCAGAUUCAUCAGCACUCAGCUCCAGCAUUGACAAAAUUUUGCCAAAGCAGCAGCAUCAUUGAAAGCCCGAAAAAAUCAUUGCUUCUUUUGAAGGAGCAGUAGCGGCGGUGGCAGCGGAAUAUAGAGGCAGCGAUCCGUGCAGCCAGCCAGCGAAAGGAAGUAGAUCGUUCAUACAGCACGCAGGCAGACAGCGGUGUAUCCCUCCCUAAGCAGCUGACCUCCCCCUUCGGUUCCCCACUUUUCUUACCAACAAUAGGAACUAAAUUAUAACUCAGACACACAUACACACAGCAGUGGAGAGGGAAGGUGAAAAAUCGUCCAAUCGGAGUCGGGAACUCUAUGAUGUCAUCUGAGGAGGAGACUGAAUGCUUCGGUUUGUACGGUGAAAAACUCCUGAAGAAGGCUAAGCGAACCAGACAGCGUGUUGACGCUGGCGAGCCAAGGAAUAGCUACUCGUCGAUCCCGAAUUUCAGCUCGCGUCCCAGUUUCAUGAGUGCCGGCGGAAUAUACGGCGCUAUCUUCAGCCCGCAGCAGCAGCAGCAGUUCGGCGGCAUCUUCGGGCCGCACAGUUCGCCGCCGCCUGCCAACAGUUGCGCUGCCAACACGAGUGGCUCCAGUUUCGCACCUUCCAAAAUGCUGAACGAGCUGCUCGGACGGCAGAUGAAGCAAGCCGACGGCGCCGAGUGUUUGAUGGCCAGUGCGGUGGAAGACAACAAAUUGAACGGCAAUAAUUUCGACAUGGAUCAAGUGGCAGGUAACGAGAAUAUGCUGCGCGAAAUUCUGCAGGGCCGCAAAAAAGAAAUCCAUGCCCUGGAGCAGGAACUGCGCGCAGCCUCCGAGGCCACUUUUUCUCCCACCAACAACAACAACAACGACAUCAAGUCGGACCAGCAAUCACAGCAAGGUGGGGCCGACGAGGUGGGUGGCGCCUCGGCAGGAAGCCCGGCCAACUCGCCAGGGCCGGCGCACGCCGCAGGUGAAGAGCGGGAAGUGUCCGACGAGGAGGAGGACGAGAUGAGUGACGCCGACGACGGGAAAAAGAAUAAGGACUCGGACUCGUAUCACUCGGACUCGUCCAACAACUCGAAGGAGGACUGCAUGGAGGCCGAGAGCAAAGAAAAGGCGUCCAGCAGCACCAGCAGUGAAAUGAAGCGGGCCCGAGUGGAGAACAUUGUGUCGUCGAUGCGGGCCUCGCCUUCGCUGCCCGUGCAGGUGAACGGCUGUAAAAAGCGAAAGCUGUACCACCCGCAGCAGCACGACAGCGCGCGCUACGGCGCCGCCGCCGUCGCCGCGGCCGCCGUCGACGACGACGCCGAGGACGACGCGCCGCCGGUGCUCAAGCAGAAGAGGGUGGAGAAAGACGCCCUCAAGUCGCAACUGCGCACCAUGCAGGAGCAGUUGGCCGAAAUGCAGCAGAAGUACGCGCAGCUGUGCAACCGCAUGGAGCUCGAGUCGGACUGCCAGGACGACAACAGCGUCGACCUGGAAAUGCCGACGCCGACGGCCGAACCAGAAACGGUAAAAGAACAAUGCACUCUUGUUGAUAAGGGCAGUAAGGCGGCGCCCACAGCGGCGCCGCCGGUAGUCGUAGCUCCCGGUGGCGGUCCCCCCUUUGCACCACAGCCGCAUUCUCACGCUGCUCCUCCUCCUGCCAUGCAGAAUCCAGCCGCAGCAGCCGCAGCGGCCGCAGCCGCCAUGUACCUGGGCGUCGGGCACAAGAUGUUCCUCGAGCAGGAGGCUCAGCGGCUGAAAGAGGCCGCCGAGCACCACCACCACCAACAGCAGCAGCAGCACCACCAUCACCAGCAGCAGCAACAACAACAGCAGCAACACCAACAGCACCAACAACAGCAGCUUCAGCAGCAGCAGCAGCAACAGCAGGCGGCGCAGCAACAGCAGCAGCAGCAACAACAGCAGCAGCCGCCGAUGCCGCCCCCGGCGCCGCACCACCACCCGUGCGUGCCGCCUCCACCGCCCCCGCACCACCAUGCCCACCCGUCGUCGCACCAGCUGGCCGUGGCGGCGGCCGCCGCCGCGGCCAAGAACGCUGAGCUGCACGAGCGCUUCCCGGGCUUCUUCAGGGCCGGCAACCCGCCGAUGCCCGCGGACCUGGACGGGCUGGCGGACAUGCUCAAGUCGGAGAUCAGCGCCUCGCUGAACCUGCUGAUCGACACGAUCGUGUCGCGGUACGCGCAGCAGCGCCGCUUCCUCACCGGGCCGAACAAGCAGCAGGCCGAGGAGCAACUCAACAAGGACCUGCUGCUGGCGAGCCAGCUGCUCGACCGCAAGUCACCGCGCACCAAGGUAAUUGACCGCGGCGGCGCCGCCGGUGGUAACCCACCCCCGGGCACCCUCGCCGGCCCCUCGGGGUCGGGAAACGGGCUAGGCUGUGGCAGUAUCGCAGCGCGAGUAAACGGUACUGCCUUCCCAAUCAACCUCGUGGCAAAUUCCCUCCCUUCUUCCACCCCUUCUAACCCUAGCGAGAUGAUGCGAGCCCCAGUAAACACUCAGUCUUCAUCCUUCCAGCCGCAGAAAAGCAGUGCAGCAGCCAUGCCCGUCUCCAUCAACGGAGUCACCUCGUCUCCGUUCCCGAUGAGGCCACUCGCGGGCCCCUUCGACCAGCGCGUUUCGCCGUCGCCGCACCAGCCGUCGGCGCCGCACCACCAACACCACCAGCACCAGCCCUCGGAGCUGCCAGAGCAGAACGAGGCCAUCAGCCUGGUGGUGAGCACCAAGAAGAAGCGACACAAGGUGACCGACACGCGCAUCACGCCGCGCACCGUCUCUCGCAUCCUGUCGCAGGAGGCGCCGCCGGGCACGCCGAGCAGCACCGGCGCCACCACGCCGGUGCCCAGCGGCGUCGCCGCCAUGAUGGACCCCAAGUACGGCCUGGUGCCGUCCACGUCGGCCAGCACCCUCAGCAGCAACAGCCCCUCGCCCAGGCCCUACCACCCGCCGCCGCCCCCCAUGCUGCCCGUAUCGUUGCCCACCUCGGUGGCCAUCCCCAACCCCAGCCUGCACGAGUCGCAGGUCUUUUCGCCCUACAGCCCCUUCUACGGCCAGCACGUAUCGUCGUCGCCACCUGACAGACGCGACGCAGAGUCGCCGCUCAGCCACCCGCCCUCGAUGCUCCACCCAGCGCUCCUGGCCGCCCACGGCACGCCCGAUUACGGCCGCCUGGCCGCCGGGCCCAACUCGGCCUCGCAAGCCGACGACCGCGGCCUCGACCAGGCCGACAGCCCCUUCGACGGAAUGCAACCGCCUCUCUCGUUCUCCAACUCGCGUUGGUUCCCGUGUCCUACCAGACUCACCUCGCCGGUUCGAGACUCAGGCAAGAAGUCGAUCCGCGACUACCUGAGUCUGCUCAAGCAGGACAGUCUCGGCUCGUUGUCCGAGCCGUUCUCCUCCACCCUCACGCCGAUGCACCUGAGAAAGGCAAAGCUCAUGUUCUUCUGGGUACGGUACCCCAGCUCGGCAGUGCUAAAGAUGUACUUCCCGGACAUCAAGUUCAACAAGAACAACACUGCGCAGCUCGUCAAAUGGUUCUCCAACUUCAGGGAGUUCUACUACAUCCAGAUGGAAAAGUAUGCCCGCCAGGCCAUCACUGAAGGCGUCAAGAGCGUCGACGAGAUCCACGUGUCACUCGACUCUGAGAUCUACAGGGUUCUCAACCUGCACUACAACCGCAACAACCACAUUGAGGUAUGCGGACCUCAGGUUCCUCCAAACUUCCGCUACGUGGUCGAACAGACCCUGCGCGAGUUCUACAAGGCCAUCCAAACGGGCAAGGACUCGGAGCAGUCGUGGAAGAAGGCCAUCUACAAGGUCAUCUCGCGGCUCGACGACCCCGUGCCCGAAUACUUCAAGACGCCUAACUUCCUGGAGCAGCUCGAGUAAAUACUGCCCCGUCGCAUGUAAAUACCUACAAUUCAGACAGCAAAAAUACAAACACACUGAUCUCUCACACAAUAAGCAUAUCUUAAUUGUUAAGGGAGGCUAAACGCAAGGCGGGCGGCGCACUGACCCCGGGCCCGGCCGACCGGCGAACUGACCCCGAAAAACAGUCGCCACGAAAGGUCGGCCGGCACCCCCGGGCCACCGCCCGGUCUAUGCAACCGUGUAAAUACUAUCACGAAUAAGGGCUUGACAUGAUUCAUCAUCUGCGUCGGAUUUUACACAAAAAAAAGGAGUCACGGAGUUAGGCCUGAAAGGCGCGGCUCUGACCUUUUCGUAGCUGAGAAUUUAGCAGUUUAGAGAGGAAAACGAUGUUCUUAAGUUGUUGAUGUAGCAACUAAUAAUUUUAAAUGUCAAUCUGCUGUCUUUCCUAUUCACAUGCUGUUCUCUUUCAUGGGGAAUCGUGUUCGUCCGGCCGCGACGUCCUACGCAGCCGACGGCUCGAACUCGCGGAGUCGGACGCGAUCCCGUUUUACUCACUCCUGGGUGUGUCGGCACGGACGCCGACACAUUACAGCUUUUCUUGAUUGUCGUGUUUACAUAAAUUGAAAUCUAACAAAUGAGAGUAUUUAACUUUAGAUAAUGAAGAGUACAAGAAUUUAUUUAAUAAAUCGUAGACAAGCAAAAGAACCUGCUCAAAUUUUUGAUCCAAGUAUAAUGAAACUCGCAUUUGAAUAUCAAUAAUCACGAUUUAAAAAAUGGUCAAAGUGGUAGAUGUUGAUUAUUAUUAACUAAAGAUAAUUAAAAAGAUGGGUAUGAUCUGAAGACCAACGAACAUUUGAGCAUUGAAUGAAAGUGAUGAUGAAAAUUAACUUUACACUUGCAUAAAAUUAAUUAAAAAGAGUGCAGCAGAGUGAACAAACACAAAAAUGAUGCAAAAUUUCUCUGUCUAAUAUAUUAAAAAGAUUGCAUUAUGACUAUUUAAACGAAGGAAAAGAAAUUGAGUAUACCUUCCGUUUGUAAAUAUCAAAUAUAAUUAUCGAUUACUCGAAGCAAAAUUAGCGAGGAUGCUCUUGAUUUGUCGGUCAAUGGAGUUGGCAUUUUAGAACACAAAAGAAAAUUAUAAGAACCAAAGUGUCCUUUUUCGACUGCUAAAAUUUUUAAAAAAAGGAGAUACCAAAACACACACUGAUAAUGAUGACGAUGAAGAUGAUGAUGGACUUGUUGUUUUCCUAAUUUUAUAUUUACAUACUGUACCAUUUCGUUUAGGGAUUAUCUAUCUAGUCACUUGAAGUGGUUUUUCAUUUCCUCUACAUUGUCUGUCCAUGAAAAGCUGCAUGUAAAAAUAUAUCUUACGCAUAACAAAAGACGCAAUGACUAUUGAUGAUGAUGAAUACGAUGAUGAUGAUGAUGAUGAUGACUAAAAGUUGAAGCAAUACAAGGUCUGUCUGUUGGACUCGAUCAAUCUCACACGCACGCGUUAGAUUCUUGUAUGCUUUGAUUUUUCCUCACUGUCGCCGCGGUCCGGCCACUUUCCCCAGCAGUACGGGGGCUGCCGAAAACGACAAUGUGGCGGAAGGUGGUCUGGCCGGCGGUUAACACGCGGAUCAUUUUUCACUGGUGAAUCAGAAAACUGUGACGACUCACACUGAUGACAAAUGAGAUCAAAUACCAACAGAUUUGAUUCGUUCUGUAUAAAAGCAAGCGCGUGAACCAAACCGUAGUUGAGAGGAGGCAUAUAUAUUGUGCAAGCCGACCGCUAAUCCCAAAGACACACACUCACACACAUUAUACCAGCAAAAGCAACACAUAUACACAUAAAACACACACGCAUUUCACGAAACCAAACACAUAGCGUACUAAUUUAUAACGAUUAAGUAAUAACAUAGCCGUGUUACUCAUGAUUAUCUCUCUUUCUCUCGCUAUAAUAUUACAAAUAACUGUAUUACAGUCGUAAGCCAGUGUUGUUUAUUAUUGAUUAAUUGAUUGAUUAUUGAUUCUGAAAGACUGGAUGUUCUCUGUUUUUUGGAAUUGCUCGGUUAUUAGGCAAUCUAACGCAUUACACACAUACACACACACACUUUUCAACCCCGCCCCGCCCCCCUGCCCAAACCCGCGUUCUCACAAUGUUAAUUAUUAAUUGUGACUGUUACACCAAACCCACACCCCACUGGACUACCCCCCUAGGAUAACGAGUACUGUAUCACCCUGUAAUUGAUUAAUUUGAUUAAUUAAUUCCUGUUCAAAUAUAAUGGUGGAGGCGCUUUCGAUUUUGGAACUUGGAUAGAAAAAUUUUGCGCGAGAGGCGGCCGCAUCUGCACGCAGUUGCCGGCCGUUUCUCCUUCAUUAUUUCUCUAUUCUUGUAUUACACACAUAUUUGGAGUCGUUCCAGUCGUCAGCUGCAAUUACAAAAUACAUGUAUACACACACAUUCACUCGUUAAUUUCCACACUACUAUCUCUCGCGGAACGAGCGAAUCUCAAACGCUGCGUUCGUUGCUUUUAAUUCCAACCCCCCCGAAUACUAUGCUCUUGUUUCCGACUUUUAGCUCUCCAUUCUGUUCAGACGGUGCAAAACUUUUGGAUUUUUAGAUUCCUCGCAUCAAAAACGAAAAUACCCGAUAAGUUCGCGACAUCUUUUGACACGCUCCCCGCAGUUUUACAUCAAAAGUGAAUCUAAAAAGUCAUAAGUACAACAUAGAGGUACUUAAGAGAGGAUUAUUUUCCAUUUUGACACGGAGAAAGCACCUUUUGCGCCUUAUAAAUGUAUGUAUAACCAAAAUCUGCCUUAAAUUAUUCUAUUAUAUAUUUUCGUAUAGAGUGAAGUAACAACACAAAUGUAAAUUUAAAGCAAAACAAAAGAAGAUUAAUCAGUCAGAACAUAUGCUUAUUGUAAAAAACAAGUGUCAACUAACUAAACAACAAAAAGUGACAGAGAGCAGACGAAAAUUUCGCAAAAGACCGCAGACUUUUGGACUUGAAAAAUUUUGACCUCGUGUUCAAAAUUUUUCGCAUUUGCUUUCUCUCAUUCUUUGCUUUUGCUAUUAAUUUUCCAACGCACAUACCACCGCAGCAUACAUAAUACACACAACACACACACACACUCGACUUUUUGUUUCAAACCACCACCACCACCAUACAACAGAAUCAACAACAACAACAACAGUAAUGGAACAACGCGCUGACUGUCAAAAUUUUUUGCUUGACCACCAUUAUUAUUUAUUAUUGCGAUUUGAUUUGCCACAAUGGUUAUUUCCUAUCAUAAGAUAACAAAUCUAAUAAUCACAAGAUUUGAUUACUGCCCCCCAGAUGAUAAGAUGCAAAACACACAACUCACACACAACAAAAACACAUGGAAUAAAAUUCUCAUCUAGUCCACAUGAUGAAAUUGAUGAUAGUCAUUCUUUUCUUGGGUGUACAGUGUAGCUUAUUCAUGUAAGAAUGUUUAUUGUCGUUGUGCAGGAACUAAUAAGAAAUGAGCGUUUUAUUAUUAACUGAAGAAAAAAAAAUUCGAGGUCGAUCGAUAAGGAUGGAGCCAUUGAUUUAAACAUAUUAUGAUUUGUCCGAGAAUCUAUUGUCAUCCUCUCGCAUUUUGUAAAAUUCCUUGUACGAUGUAAGAAAACUGAAUUGUGCACCAAUUAUGAUAGCCUAUUAUAUUUUAAUUUUAAGUUCACCAAAUUAAUUAAGCUGUAUUUGCAAAACAUGAUGUACUAUCUUUCUGUAUUGUUUCCACACUCGUACAAUUUGAUGUCUUUGGUGCUGCUUCACCAUAACGCAUUAUUCUUUUGUUUGACUUCUCACGUAUUUAUUGGUUAAUACAUUUCGUUUGUUGCACAAGCCCAUAAACCGUGUUAUUUUAUUUUAAUUUGCACCUCCACAUAUUUUUUUGUUCGUCCGAAUAACGAGAAUCGAAUCACGCCGAGUGCUAUCAAUUUUUGCGAAACUUAAUAAAUACAGGCGACACACCAGAAACCAACCACCGAGCAUUACAGUUGAACAAUAGAACCGGCCGAUCAAUGACGAAAUUGAUUACUUCAAAAGACUCUUUUGACAACAGGCACCACAUUUUUAUACCCGUGAGAACCAGACGCGCGCGCGCGCAUCCACCCACAGAUCAAAAAGGCAGAAAUGGGCUCAUUUUUGAACGUCCGACUCAAAGUGCCUUCCAAAACGAAAAUGUUUGAUUAUUUUCAAAAGUAACAAAUUGGGCCCUUCCAUAGAACCAAGCACUCCACAACCAAAAGCACGCGGCGCGAUUCGAUCUGACGACUUAAAAGUUUUUUGGUCCAUCGCUAGAGGGUGUUUCGAGCCGCUCCGACGCUGCCCUGACGGCACGCAAUUCUUGUUAAGAAAUAGAACGCUGUGUACCACAAUUAUUGAAAUGUUUUCGUGUUACCGAUUUACCAAAUACGAAAGGGAAGAAAAAUAGGCAAACGGAAUGAACAGAAAAUAUAAAGGAAAACUUCACUCGAUGAAACGGUGAACCAAAAAGAGGAUUUGUUGAAAUGAAAAACGAAAAAACACGAGAUUGGAAGAUUUGAUGAGCAUUUUCCUUUUUGUUACUUUGUAAUAUGAACAGGUAAUUAAUUAUUACUGUAUUGCAUCAUUAUUCUAAUAGUAAUGAUAGUUUGUAGUCUAUGAAAUAAAAAGCGCAUACACAUGCGAAAAACAAA